GCAAGAACUUCAAUUACACGUCUGCACUAUAAUGCGUUAAGCCAAGAAGAGAGUUUGCAAUGCUGGGGAAGACGCACUCGGACCACAGAUAAGUAGGACAGCAUGCCUAUGUACAAAUAAGCAUUGAUGCAGAAGCCUUCUUGAAGAAAGUUCAUCCACAUAGCAUUUCUUGGCUCAAGUGGAAGUAUGUUGUCCCAGCUCUACCUUAUUUGGAACUUGGUUCUUCUGGCUGUAGCCCAGGAUGUGACCCAACAGGCGACUGAAUUUUUGACACAAUUUAAUAUCAACGCAGAAAAUCUAUCUUAUGACCGUUCACUCGCUGCAUGGAAUUAUGACACCAACAUCACAGAAGAGAAUGCCUGGAAGAUGAGUGCAGCGGGCUCUGAGUGGUCAAUAUUUUAUGAUGAGGCAUCCCAACGGGCCAGUACUUUUGAUCUGAACAGCAUUUCAAAUGAGACCAUCAAACUCCAGCUUCAUUUCCUACAGAACAGAGGAAUAUCUGUGUUGCCCACGGAAAAACAGAACCAAUUGAUCCAUAUUUUAAAUAAAAUGGGUACCAUCUAUAGUACUGGGACUGUGUGCAAGUCAUCUGACCCUUUCACCUGUUUACCACUGGAACCAGGCUUGGAUGAUAUAAUGGCAAAGAGCACUGACUACUCAGAGAGAUUAUGGGCUUGGCAAGGCUGGAGAGCUGAUGUGGGCAAGAGAAUGAGGCCUUUGUAUGAGGGUUAUGUCGAACUGAACAAUGAGGCUGCAAGAACUAAUGGUUAUGCUGACUAUGGAGAUUACUGGAGGGGAGAUUAUGAAGUAGAUUCCCCUGAUGUGUAUCGAUACCAGCGUGCACAGCUGAUUACUGAUGUGGAAAACACGUUUCAACAAAUAAAACCCUUGUAUGAGCAGCUGCAUGCUUAUGUGAGGCACAAUCUACAGAAGGUCUACGGCUCAAAGCACAUUGACCCCAAAGGAUGUCUUCCUGCUCAUUUACUUGGCGAUAUGUGGGGAAGAUUUUGGACAAAUUUAUACCCAUUGAUGAUUCCCUAUCCAGCUAAACCAAAUAUUGAUGUAUCCUCUGCAAUGGUGGAAAAGAACUGGAAUGUAACAACAAUGUUUAAGGCUGCUGAGAAUUUUUUUGUCUCAGUUGGACUCUAUGAAAUGACUGAAGGCUUCUGGAAGAAUUCCAUGCUGUUAGAACCAAAUGAUGGCAGAAAAGUUGUUUGUCAUCCCACAGCUUGGGAUUUGGGGAAAUAUGACUACAGGAUCAAGAUGUGCACAAAAGUGACUAUGGAUGACUUCCUCACAGCACAUCAUGAGAUGGGCCACAUUGAAUAUGAUAUGGCCUAUUCCCAUCUUCCUCUUUUGCUCAAAGGGGGUGCCAAUGAAGGGUUCCAUGAAGCUGUAGGAGAGAUCAUGUCACUUUCUGCAGCUACUCCAAAGCACCUGAAAACCCUUGGCCUUCUGGAGCCUACCUUUCAAGAAGAUAGUGAAACAGAUAUCAAUUUCCUGCUCAAACAAGCCCUCACUAUUGUUGGAACAAUGCCUUUCACUUACAUGCUAGAGAAAUGGCGGUGGAUGGUGUUUUCUGGGCAGAUCCCAAAGGACCAGUGGAUAAGAAAAUGGUGGGAGAUGAAGCGAGAUACAGUUGGUGUUGUGGAACCAUUGCCACAUGAUGAGACAUACUGUGAUCCUGCAGCUCUCUUCCAUGUAGCCAAUGACUACUCUUUUAUAAGAUAUUACACAAGGACACUUUAUCAAUUCCAAUUUCAAGAAGCACUUUGCAAGGCUGCUGGUCAUACAGAUGAGCUUUACAAAUGUGACAUCACUAAUUCCACAACAGCUGGUCUGAAGUUGCGAGACAUGCUGGCCUUGGGGAGAUCGCAGCCUUGGACCAAGGCUUUAGAAAGUGUGACAGGAGAGACCUCAAUGAAUGCAACAGCGCUGCUUCGCUACUUUCAGCCCUUGUAUCAGUGGCUAAUAAAGAACAACACUGGCAGACCUAUUGGUUGGGACACAGCCUGGAGUCCAUAUAUCGACAAUGCAGUCAAAGUGAGGAUCAGCUUGAAGACAGCACUGGGAGACAAUGCUUACGACUGGGAUGACAAUGAAAUGUAUUUAUUCAAGUGCACAAUCGCUUAUGCCAUGAGAACAUACUUUUUAAAGAUUAAAGAUGAAGCAGUAGAAUUUCGAUCAACAGAUGUACAUGUAGGUUAUGUGACAUCAAGAAUCUCUUUCUACUUUACUGUCAGCAUGCCUAAUAAUGUCUCUGAUUUGGUUCCGAAAGCUGAAGUGGAAGAAGCAAUCAGUAUAUCUCGAGGACGCAUCAAUGAAGCUUUCAGACUGGAUGAUCAAACUUUGGAAUUUAUUGGAAUCACUCCCACACUGUCACCAACUAGUGAAUCCUCAGUCUGGCUAAUAGUGUUUGCAGUUGUUGCUGGUCUUGUAGUGAUUGCAUUUAUCACCUUGAUCAUCCUGGGAGUGAGAGACCGAAAAAAAAAAAGAAAAGCAGCAGAGAAUGACUUAGUCCGAACUGGUGGCGUCAACCCUUAUGAGAACCAAGGAGAAAACAAUUCAACAUUCCUUCAAGAAGAAAACAUUUCAACACCGUUCUGAAAGAAAACGAACAACCCAAAAGAGCAGCCAGUUCAUGCCUUUUAUUAAUGACUAUGUAUCAGAACAUCAUCAUUUAUUACGGCACACAGCCAAUGACUAUGUAUCAGUGCCAACAAUAUGAAUAGGAAGUGUUCAUGGAAUGCAGGUUAUGUUAAACAUUAAAUGGACUGCCAGAUCACUGCUGUAUUCAUGUACCUCUAUGCCUACCACUAAUGUUUGAUAAUGCCAAUCAUCUGUUUUGAGAGAAGUAGGCCUGAACCAAAGAGCCAUAGUAUCCUAUAUCCAGUGGGUGCUGGAUUGAGUCCUCUCUGAAAAGUUCAUAAAUACAAUGAAACCAUAGUAGCCAUCAUAUAUUCAGCAAUGCUGAUGUAUCUCCUGGUCCAACAUCAAGAGCCACCUAUUGCCUAGGAUGCUAAAUGUAGUAAGGUGGCCUUUGCAACUAUGCAUGCAGCAUUCCUGGCCCAGCAUGCACACAUAGGAGUCUGUAUAGUUUUAGGGUCAAACUAGCUGCAAUAACAGAGGUCACUGAUGAGGUGGUAAGUCACUAAUUUUUGUCCCACCCCCCAAAAUGGAUCAGAAUUGUGGCACAGGGCAAAUUCUUCCACUUAAGCCUUUUCUCUGAUGAUGCUAAUGUCUCCAUCCCUGUAUCGUUUGCUCAUGAGGAAAAAUGCAUGUGUGCCACUCAUAAAAAUGCAGUUAGUGGGAAAUUUAUUGACAUAUCUCCAACAACCAACCAUUUGUUCUGGAACAUUUAUUUUACUUGCUUAUUAUCAGUUCUUAUUUGAAGAGUCUUCACUGAAUGUUAUCCACAUAAAAAGCUGACAUGUAAAAGAAAAAAAACAACACACAUUUUCUUUUCUCCUUUUUGUAUAUGAUAAUUUUAUAUAAGAGACUCAACUUGUUAGUAAACUUGAAAUGCCGCUGUUCUUAAAAAUACUAAAGGGACCAUGUAUGGAACUUGGAGCA